AUGACGCAAAUCCUGCCUAUCCGCUUCCAGGAGCACCUACAGCUCCAAAAUCUGGGAAUCAACCCGGCCAAUAUUGGUUUCAGCACUCUGACAAUGGAGUCAGAUAAAUUCAUCUGCAUAAGAGAGAAAGUUGGUGAACAGGCCCAGGUUGUCAUUAUUGACAUGGCGGAUCCCAACAACCCCAUCCGAAGGCCCAUCUCGGCAGACAGCGCCAUUAUGAACCCUGCCAGCAAAGUUAUUGCCCUUAAAGGACUGGGAGAAUCGGCCAAGACCCUGCAGAUCUUCAAUAUUGAAAUGAAGAGCAAGAUGAAGGCUCAUACAAUGACUGAUGAUGUGACCUUCUGGAAAUGGAUCUCCCUCAACACGGUCGCCCUGGUCACAGAUAACGCCGUCUUCCAUUGGAGCAUGGAGGGCGACUCCCAGCCAAUUAAAGUCUUUGACCGCCAUUCAAGCCUGGCAGGCUGCCAGAUCAUAAACUAUCGCACUGACGCCAAACAGAAAUGGUUACUCCUGAUCGGCAUUUCUGCACAGCAAAAUCGCGUUGUUGGAGCAAUGCAAUUGUACUCAGUGGACAGAAAGGUUUCUCAGCCCAUUGAAGGUCAUGCUGCUGGCUUUGCACAAUUCAAGAUGGAGGAUAACACAGAGGAGUCUACUUUGUUCUGCUUUGCUGUGCGGGGACAAGCAGGCGGAAAACUCCAUAUAAUAGAAGUUGGUACUCCACCCACCGGCAACCAGCCAUUUCCAAAAAAGGCCGUAGAUGUAUUCUUUCCUCCAGAAGCCCAGAAUGACUUCCCUGUUGCUAUGCAGAUCAGCUCCAAGCAAGAUGUAGUCUUUCUCAUCACCAAAUAUGGCUAUAUCCACCUGUACGACUUGGAAACCGGCACCUGCAUCUACAUGAACAGAAUCAGUGGGGAGACCAUUUUUGUCACUGCCCCUCAUGAACCAACUGCCGGGAUCAUUGGGGUCAACAGGAAAGGACAGGUGUUAUCAGUGUGUGUGGAGGAGGAGAAUAUUAUUCCCUACAUAACCAAUGUGCUCCAGAACCCUGACCUGGCUCUCCGCAUGGCUGUCCGCAAUAACCUUGCCGGUGCUGAGGAGUUAUUUGCCCGCAAGUUUAACACCCUCUUUGCUGCUGGGAAUUACUCGGAUGCUGCUAAAGUGGCAGCCAAUGCACCCAAGGGUAUACUGCGAACACCAGACACCAUCCGGAGGUUCCAGAGUGUUCCAGCUCAACCAGGCCAGCGGUCACCAUUGCUUCAGUACUUUGGUAUCUUGUUGGAUCAAGGCCAGCUCAAUAAGUUUGAAUCUUUAGAGCUGUGUAGGCCGGUCCUUCAGCAGGGCCGUAAGCAGCUGCUAGAGAAAUGGCUUAAAGAAGACAAGCUGGAGUGCUCAGAGGAGCUUGGCGACCUGGUGAAAUCAGUGGAUCCCACGCUUGCUCUCAGUGUCUACCUGAGAGCAAAUGUCCCGAACAAAGUCAUUCAAUGCUUUGCUGAGACUGGCCAGUUCCAGAAGAUUGUACUGUAUGCAAAGAAGGUGGGGUAUACUCCAGACUGGAUCUUCCUGUUGAGAAAUGUAAUGCGGAUCAGCCCAGAACAGGGGCUUCAGUUCUCCCAGAUGCUGGUACAGGAUGAAGAGCCUCUUGCUGACAUUACACAGAUUGUAGAUGUUUUCAUGGAGUACAACCUGAUCCAGCAAUGUACAUCCUUUCUACUGGAUGCCCUGAAGAACAACAGGCCCAUGGAAGGAGCACUGCAGACCCGUCUGCUCGAAAUGAAUUUGGUCCAUGCACCACAGGUAGCGGAUGCUAUUUUGGGCAACCAGAUGUUCACUCAUUAUGACCGUGCCCAUGUGGCACAGCUGUGUGAGAAGGCUGGCCUCCUGCAGAGGGCGCUGGAGCAUUAUACUGAUCUGUAUGACAUUAAACGGGCUGUGGUGCACACCCACCUCCUCAACCCAGAGUGGUUAGUCAAUUUCUUUGGCUCCCUAUCAGUGGAGGACUCUUUGGAGUGUCUUCGAGCCAUGCUAUCUGCUAAUAUCCGUCAGAACCUGCAGAUUUGCGUUCAGGUUGCCUCCAAGUACCAUGAGCAACUGAGCACUCAGAGCCUCACAGAACUUUUUGAGUCAUUUAAGAGCUUUGAAGGGCUCUUCUACUUCUUGGGUUCAAUUGUGAACUUCAGCCAGGAUCCAGAGGUUCACUUCAAAUACAUUCAAGCUGCCUGCAAGACAGGCCAAAUCAAGGAAGUGGAAAGAAUCUGCAGAGAGAGUAACUGCUAUGAUCCUGAGCGUGUGAAGAACUUCCUCAAGGAAGCCAAGUUAACUGAUCAACUACCAUUGAUCAUUGUGUGUGACCGCUUUGAUUUUGUCCACGAUCUGGUCCUAUACUUGUAUCGCAACAGUCUGCAGAAAUAUAUUGAGAUCUAUGUGCAGAAGGUAAACCCUAGUCGUCUCCCCGUGGUCAUUGGUGGUUUGCUAGAUGUUGACUGUGCCGAAGAUGUGAUAAAGAACCUGAUCAUGGUUGUAAGAGGACAGUUUUCCACAGAUGAACUAGUUGCUGAAGUGGAGAAGAGAAAUAGAUUGAAGCUUCUGCUCCCUUGGUUGGAGGCUCGUAUCCAUGAAGGUUGUGAGGAGCCUGCAACCCACAAUGCCCUGGCCAAGAUUUACAUAGACAGCAACAACAACCCUGAGCGGUUCCUUAGGGAGAACCCCUUUUAUGACAGCCGUGUAGUAGGCAAAUACUGUGAGAAAAGAGACCCCCACUUAGCCUGUGUGGCCUAUGAAAGAGGGCAGUGUGACCAGGAACUCAUUCAUGUGUGUAAUGAGAACUCACUGUUCAAGAGUCUAUCACGCUAUCUUGUGCGCCGUAAGAACCCCGAGCUCUGGGCAAGUGUGCUGCUGGAGACCAACAACUACAGAAGACCGCUCAUCGAUCAGGUGGUCCAGACUGCCCUUACAGAGACCCAGGAUCCAGAGGAAGUAUCUGUCUCAGUGAAGGCUUUUAUGACUGCUGAUCUUCCCAAUGAGCUCAUUGAGCUUCUGGAGAAGAUUGUUUUAGAUAAUUCUGUCUUCAGCGAGCACAGAAACCUCCAGAAUCUGCUCAUCCUGACAGCAAUUAAAGCCGAUCGGACCCGGGUUAUGGAGUACAUUAAUCGUCUGGACAACUAUGAUGCCCCAGAUAUUGCAAACAUUGCCAUAAGCAACGAGCUGUUUGAAGAGGCCUUUGCUAUUUUUAGGAAAUUUGAUGUCAACACAUCUGCUGUGCAGGUCCUGAUUGAGCACAUUGGUAACUUGGACCGAGCCUAUGAGUUUGCUGAGCGCUGCAAUGAGCCUCCAGUGUGGAGUCAGUUAGCAAAGGCCCAGCUCCAGAAGGGCCUGGUCAAAGAAGCAAUUGACUCUUACAUCAAGGCUGAUGACCCCUCUGCUUAUAUGGAGGUUGGACAAGCUGCAGCUCAGAGUGGAAACUGGGAGGAUCUUGUAAAGUUUCUGCAGAUGGCCCGAAAGAAGGCCCGCGAGUCCUACGUUGAAACAGAGUUAAUCUUUGCUCUGGCAAAGACCAACCGCCUUGCUGAGUUGGAGGAGUUCAUCAAUGGACCCAAUAAUGCCCACAUCCAGCAAGUGGGUGACCGUUGCUAUGACGACAAGAUGUACGAGGCAGCCAAACUACUUUACAACAACGUGUCUAAUUUCGGUCGCCUGGCUUCUACUCUGGUGCACCUGGGAGAGUAUCAGGCAGCUGUGGACGGAGCACGCAAAGCCAACAGCACACGCACCUGGAAGGAGGUGUGUUUCGCAUGUGUUGAUGGGAAAGAGUUCAGGCUUGCCCAAAUGUGUGGACUGCAUAUUGUUGUACAUGCCGACGAGCUGGAGGAACUCAUCAAUUACUACCAGGACCGCGGCUACUUUGAGGAGCUCAUUACCAUGCUGGAGGCUGCUUUGGGAUUAGAGCGAGCUCACAUGGGAAUGUUCACAGAGCUGGCCAUUCUUUACUCCAAAUUCAAACCCCAGAAGAUGAGGGAGCACUUGGAGCUCUUCUGGUCCCGUGUGAACAUUCCAAAGGUUCUCAGAGCAGCUGAGCAGGCCCACCUCUGGGCAGAGCUAGUGUUUCUCUAUGAUAAGUAUGAGGAAUAUGAUAAUGCCAUCAUCACAAUGAUGAAUCAUCCUUCUGAUGCCUGGAAAGAGGGUCAAUUCAAAGACAUUGUCACCAAGGUGGCCAAUGUGGAACUGUACUACAAAGCCAUCCAGUUUUAUCUGGAGUUCAAACCUUUAUUAUUAAAUGACCUGCUCAUUGUUCUCUCCCCGAGACUGGAUCACACGCGCGCUGUCAAUUUUUUCACCAAGGUGAAGCAGGUACCUCUGGUUAAACCAUAUUUGAGGUCUGUCCAGAAUCACAAUAACAAGUCUGUCAACGAAUCUCUUAACACCCUUUUCAUCGUUGAAGAAGAUUAUGCGUCACUACGCACUUCCAUUGAUGCCUACGACAACUUUGACAACAUCUCGUUGGCCCAGGGCCUAGAGAAGCAUGAUUUGAUCGAGUUUAGGAGGAUUGCAGCGUAUCUUUUCAAGGGCAACAACCGCUGGAAACAGAGUGUUGAACUUUGCAAGAAAGACAAGCUCUACAAGGACGCCAUGCAGUAUGCGUCUGAGUCCAAAGACAUUGAACUGGCUGAGGAACUUCUUGCUUGGUUCUUGGAGGAGGACAAGAAGGAGUGUUUUGCUGCCUGUUUGUUCACCUGCUACGACUUGUUGCGGCCCGACGUGGUGCUUGAGACUGCUUGGAGGCACAACAUCAUGGAUUUCUCUAUGCCAUACUUCAUCCAGGUCAUGAGGGAGUACCUCAGUAAGGUGGACAAGCUUGAAGCUUCAGAGUCACUGAGGAAACAGGAGGAGCAGGCCACAGAAUCUCAACCAAUUGUUUAUGGCACACCACAGCUUAUGCUCACUUCAGGCACGAACGUUGCCGUACCCCCUCAGCAGGCUUAUGGCUACGGGUACACAGCAGCUCCAGGCUACGGGCAACAACCACAGGCCAAUUUUGGAUACGGCAUGUGA